AAAAAAACCUUAAAAAUAUUUUAUAACAAUCAAGAGGACACGACGAAUGUGAAAAUAUAUUUUUAAUAUUUUUUUGUCAAUUAAAAAUGUGUACUAUGUGAAAUUUAAGAAAAUUCAAAAUGCCUUAUAUUAAGAACCAGAGGCAGAGGCAGUGAUAAAAAGGUAAAAAUAAAUUUCUGAUUUAAUAAUAGGGUCCAUUUGUGUUUUGUUCACCUUUUCUUUUCCCUCUUUUUUUUGCGUUUUUUAAUUAAUAUUGUUGAUUUUUCUUUUUUCUUUUCUUUGGUGGUGAAACCUAUAAAGCCCGUUUCGUGGUUACAUGAAACCUCAAGGGAUGAAAUCCAUAAUUUUCCCAAAUGAUAAGUUAUGCUGCUGGAUUGACUGUAAUCAGUAAUUUAGCCGGUGAAAAGAGUAAAAGAAGAAGAAGACAAAACUGGAAAACCUUUAAAUCUCAGAAACAAAUUAUGGGGUUAAUUCAUAUAUCGGGAUUUAUAAUGUACUCCUUUAGAAAAUACUAAUUUAACGGGGUAACAAACAAUGUGGGAAAAAACACUUCUGAAGUAGAGAAGUUUAAAUAGAAACUACUCCUAAAAUAAUCCCUCCCAUUUCACGGCGUCCACAACUUCAAACCCUAAUUCCGGCGAACCUCAGAUCGUCUAUAUCUCCGUAGAUUUCAUAUUCUCCUGCACCAAAACGCUGUUAGACAGAUUAGGUCCUUUUCUGCUUGUUAAGGUUGAAGGUAUUGGUGAUGGGGGUUCAGACAAUGGGUUCUCAUGGAAAUGUGCAACAAUCACAUUUACAACAAUUGGGCAGACAGAAAUCUUGGUUUAGUUUGACACUUGAUGAAGUAGGAAAUCAAUUGGGUUACUUAGAUAAACUUGGUAGCAUGAACAUUGAUGAGUUGAUUAAAAAUGUCUGCCCUGCAGAGGCAAAUCCUUGUGACAGAGUCAGCGGUGGUUGUACUUCUCCAGCUUCUUCGUUUCAGCUUCAGGCUAGUCUUGCCUUGGUCAGAGCAUUUAGUGGGAAGACGGUGGAUGAGGUUUGGAGGGAUAUCCAUCAGGGGCAGAAGAUUACGCAUAUUCCAGAUAUGAAUUACCAAGGACCAGGAGACCCAGCUCUUGGUGAAACAACUUUGGAGGAUUUUUUGGUGAAGUCAGGGCUUUUUGUUGCAGAUGCAUCCUUAGCACCAGAAAUGGCUCUGGAUAAUGAGUUGGCCUCUCAGAGUUUUGCACCAGAAGUUGGUAUGUCGCCGUCCCUGUCAAUUGAAACAUUAUCAGAUUCAGCAAUGCCUGGGAGAAAGAGGGGUUCUGGAGAGAUUGAGAAGACACUUGAUAGAAGGCUAAGGAGGAAGAUAAAAAAUCGAGAAUCUGCAGCACGCUCACGAGCUAGGAAACAGGCAAUGCUAUCAUUUUUUCCUUUUGUGGUUUUCGUUAGCUGUUUCGUGAGUAGGCCUCCCUCAAGAGGGUCUUUUUUUGUUAAAUGAUUUCUGUUGUCACCAACAGGCGUACCAAAAUGAGCUGGUGAGUAAGGUUUCACAUCUCGAGGAGGAAAAUAUGAAGCUAAAGAAAGAGAAGGUACAUGAUCUUUCUUUCUUUGUCUUUCUAUUGGCGUACUAUUGUUUUGUCUUUCUACUGGCAUCACCCUUGUGAUUUUGGAUGAAUUCUGAUCCUGUUACGUAACCUUUGUGAAGUUACUGGAAAUAGCAUGGCAUUAUAAGCUUUUCUGUUUGACUACACGUCUAAGUGUAUGGUACAGAUAUUUUACUGUAGAACUGAAAGACUAACCUAAGAUAUUGAAAAAAGAGGAACACAAGUACAGAAUUAACUUUUGUAAUGUUCAAGAAAUUUUAGCUUUAGUUCUUUUUUAUUUGAGAUGCCCAAAAUGAAUUAUUUGAACCGUUGACCACAGUAUACUGUGCUUCGGCCUAUUGGCAUUCCCAUAGAACUUUUACAUUGUUUUAUUUUGUAACUAAGCCUAUUGGCAUUCCCAUAGAACUUUUACAUUGUUUUAUUUUGUAACUAAGAAACCAUGAUUUCUGGAGCCUGAAAAAUGAUGUAAAAGGCUUUCCACAAAUUUUUACUUAAGCUUGAGGUUCGAUCGCUUCGAGAGUCAAGAAGCUUGAGCUAGCUUUGAAAAUAUGGUUGUGUAGGUUUGAACUUAUGAAUUUGAUGCUUGGCACUAAUCGUUUAUCGCAUUAUGAUCCUAUUAACUUAAUUUGUGAAGCAUGUAACUAAUUUGUCUAUUACUCUUCCAUGGUGGGUUUCCUAAUUCCUAUUCUUUUCUAGAUGUCCCAAAUUGCAGUCUCAACAGUACAACUGCGUAAGUAUAUCAUUUGGGUUUAACUGUAUUAGUUGGAGUUUUUAUUUUUUUGUAAAUGUAAGGGCAUAUGUGGGGAGAUAAAUUUAUGUUCUUCUAACUAACCCUAAUAAUUAAUUUUGCAUUAGUUUGCUUAUAGAAUUCUAUGGACUUGGGAGGGUAAUGUGGUUGGGGUAUCCACUGAAAUGGAAAGAUUUGAAUUCGAAUUCUGUCUGUUGCUUUGAAAUGUCUGAAAUAUUUACCGAAACUCAAGGGGUUUAGUCCUACAACUUGUACUGGCUGAAAUUACACCAAAUUCUAUUAGAUCUGAUGUCAGCCGUGGGUAUUUUAUCUAGACAUAGCAGUCAUAUGAGAAGCAUAGUAGUACUGCUAUAAAAGUGCUGGAUACAAUUACAAAUUUUAGUAGGCUAACUGAAUUGCUCUUCUAAGUUCCAAUAUAAUUUUGUUUCUGACAUUUCAUGUGUUUGGACAUGAAGUUAAGGCUCUUGAAUCUUGAGAAUUUCAUCCUCCACUAGUCUAAGUUAUUAGGUCUCCGGAACAGACUUUGAUGGAGGAAUAGACAGGAAAACUUUUUGCUUAAAAGUUUUUAUUUGAAUGGAAAUGACUCACUUGCCCACUUCUGUGAGUCUAUUGUUCUAAAAACCGUUCUUAUGUCAAUAGAUUCGGUGAGUCUAUUAGCCAAGUUAUCAAAUUUUGUUGAGGCUGUAAGUAAUGACUUUGCUUAUCUUUUGAUUCUAUCGGUCUAUCCUUGUAAAUAUUUCAUAUUAUAUACUUUAUUGGUUAUGUAUUGUUUAUGAAAUACUCGUAUUGACAUAAUGUUGAGUUCCAAGCUCUUGCGAUAUGAUGUUGGUUAUUAUCUUUCCCCAUCUUCCCCUCCUGUAUAUUAAUUGUUUGCUCAUCUGUCAUUGCAAAGCAGCUGUUCAAACUAUUAUUCAGUUUUUGAUGUUUGCACUAUUGGUUUACUUUUCAAACUUCAGUUGGGAAACUGGUUUCUGUUGGAGACCAAUUUUUAGUCGUCAUGACUUCUGGGGUAGAAUAAUUUAUGACUAGCGCAACAAUAUUGGUUUAGAUUUGGUUCAUUAGCUUUCACCUGAUUGUCAUUUCACCAUAUUCUUGAUCGCAAAGGUAGUGAAAUUUAUAAGGAGUGUCUUAGUUUGAUAUGUUUCCACACAAAAAAUGUGGAAAUGCAGUGGUAUUAAGUACAUGGACAGGAUGUUGAGGAUCUUGUUACAAUGUUGCAAAAAGAAUAUUGUUGAAUUGUCCUUGUGUCCUAAAAAGAUUUCAAUAUGUUUUGCUAGUUUAAUUGAGCUUUCAUUUUCCCGUUUUUUUGUGGUGAUAUCGCAUAAUAGAUUGAGUUAUCUUAAGCUAUAGCUACUAAUGUUGAAUCUACUGCUUAUUCAGGGUUUGGAAGAGGUGCUGCCAUUAAAUCCGUCAUCUGAACCAAGAUAUCAGCUUAGAAGAACAAGCUCUAUCUGAAAUCAGAUAUUUAAAAAUUUUUGUAGUUACGGUUAUCUGGAAAUCAGAUAUUUAGAUUUUCUCUGGAAAGUGAUCGAGGGAUUGAGAGAGUCACUCCCUGCCAUCUAUUGUCAUUUUCUUGUGCUCUUCAUCUGUUCGCUUUCGAUCUUCAGAAAGAUCCGUUUUAUGUGUGUAUAUAUGGAUGUUUGUCUACCUAGUGAUUUUGCAUGUAGCAGAUGAUGAGUUAGGUCCUGUAAAAAUGCAAGUUGGUUUGAUAAAAUAGUAAAUAAUCAACUAAUAAAGGAAAAAUUUUCAUCCCUUGUUUUGUGUGAUUAACUUAGGGGCUCUUGACCCACUUGAAGUUUUCUUCUUAAUUUUUCUUUUUCCUUUUUUUUUUUUUUUUUUUGGUUGGUGGAAUUCUAUUCUCUGUAAUUUUUGUCAGGGGGAGUAUCACAUAAUUUUGAAUCUCAAAUGCCAUUUGAAAUGUAUUGGGGUCUUUCAGUUGUUAUUUUGGGAUGGGAAGGAAUAUUACAAAUUUUGUAGUACUCUGGUAUGCAACUGGGCAGAUGAACCACUUCUCUUUUUCUUUUGAAGUUGAAAAAUAAAGUAUUGAGAUUUGUGAACACAUACAUAAGACGAUUAACUAAUUUUCUUAUCAGAUAUGGAAC